GCUUCCGUAGCUGGACGCGGGCGGUGGCGGCGCCACGUCCCGGGCGGUGUCCGGGAAGAAAUCAGUCGGGCCUGGGGACAGUUUGAAGUAACUAUGGCCUUCACGCUGUACUCCCUGAUGCAGGCGGCCCUGCUGUGCGUGAACGCCAUCGCCGUGCUGCACGAGGAGCGCUUCCUCAAGAACAUUGGCUGGGGAACGGACCAGGGGAUCGGUGGAUUUGGAGAGGAGCCAGGCAUUAAAGCUCAACUAAUGAACCUUAUUCGGUCUGUGAGAACCGUGAUGAGAGUGCCAUUGAUAAUAGUAAACUCAAUUACUAUUGUAUUGCUUCUGUUAUUUGGCUGAACGUCGUUGGGAGAUCAGAGACUGAGAAGAAGAAAAGCCCCAGAAGUUACUUUCUGUUGUGACCGGAAUAUUCAUGUUUCAGCAGGCUCAUCUUGCAGUUGACAAAAAAAAGUAAAUUUGACAAUAAAACCAGAGUUUCUAUCUAUCUGAUUUUUUUUUUAAUUGUAGUUGGCACUUGUAGUUCAGACUAUCACAGGCAGGAGCACUCCCGGAUUGGAGCAUACUUGUUUUAGCUAAAAUAGGUAAAGGCUAGGAAAGGGCACAGAACUGCUGCCUCCGUGUUACUCCAUAGGACGCCCUGUUACAGCUCAGGGAUGGAUUUAGAUAUAAUCUGAGAGUAUAUAACUUCCUAUAUAAACUUAAGAGUUUUUUAAAGUAACAGUUACAUCUAGUUGACAAAAUUGGUAUUUGGGUCAUUUAUUUUGAACUCUUUGGUUACCUCGUUUCUGCUAUAAAGAAAUUUGUAGGUAACUCUACGGGGCAAUGCCCUGAUUUCAGAGAGAAUUCUAAUGCUGGAAACCAGUUGUUUGGGAACUGUGGUUUUUACGACAUUGUUUAUUAGUUGACCUGAACAGUGAGUGCAGACUGCUUACAUAUUUUCCUUUGUAGGAAGUCUUGCCUGUUUUACAAGGAUUUGUUUUAUAAAAAUCAGUGUAACUGUUAGUUGGCAAAAUCAGCCCGUACAGUCAGACUAGCCUGCUCCCGUGACUGUCUGUUGGGAAGCCUUUGCCUUCCCUAGGUCGUGCUGCCAUUCCUCGGUGGAGUGGCAUGCUGUAGGUAUGAUUCUUAAUUCUGUCUGUAGGUAGGUUGUUGAUUCUACAUAGCUUUCGUUCGUUCGUCUGUUUUUGUAAUGUCUUAGACCAGCUUUGUGGUGUUCUUGGCUCAUCUCAAACUGUUGUUCAGUUUAUAUCAGAAGAGUUAAACUGUACAAAUAUUGUAUGAAAUGUUUCAGUUACAAUAAUUUAAAGGGGUGGGAUGGCAUCUUUCUGUAUAGAAAACUUUUAUAAAUAAAGUUGACUUUUCAUA